AUGUACAUCCCCAAGCAGCAGGCUCUUGAUCAGGCGCAGCCCGCUUCCAAGCCUCUGGAAGUAACUAUCGACUGCAACACCUCCGGCGCGGCAUAUCCUGGCCUACCUCCUGGAUUCCAACCCCCCUACAGAACGAACCCGGACGUGCAAACCAUCGAGGCGUUUAUCCAGGUGACGUGGGUGCUGUGGUUUCUGUUCAUCCUCUUGAUGGUCUGUCGUGGCCUCUACGCUCAAUGCGGUGCUAACGACGACGACAAUUCCGACUCAGAAUCCGACGUGUCAGAAUCAGCCUGGCGCGGGGAAGAUUCCUCCUUGCCAGCUCCUGUGGUCGCCUCGAAACACCGAAAGCGGCUCAAGAAGCUGGACCAAGUCGCGCCCGCCCAAUCGUUACAGCACUGGAGGGCCGAGAAGUCGGUGGAGCAUAUUCAGACAUUCGCUACCGUCUCUUUGAAUCUAAGUUGUGCGAUCUGCCUAGAUUCGCUCGAGGAGAACGACCAGAUUCGCGAGUUGCGAUGCGGGCACGUGUACCACGCGAAAUGUCUCAGUCUCUGGGUCGAGAGAGGUCACCAUGACUGCCCGCUCUGCAAAUACGACAUGCUGGGGUUGAAGAAGACCAUGUCGAAGGCGCAAUUCUCCGUGAGUCGGAGUGCGACGAGGGUGAACUUGAAUACUGUUGCUAUUCCGGAGCGGGGAGAGGCGGCAGAGGAUGUAGUGGUGCGUUUCCAGAACCAGAGCGAAGUCGAGGCUCGCUCAGACAGGCUAACGGUCCCCCAGAUACAUAUCAACGACGAUACGGACGACGGCCUCGUGACUGACGACGACAGCGACGACGAUUGA